CGCACGAUGGCGAAGGUCGGAGUGAACGGAUUCGGCCGUAUCGGGCGCCUGGUCACCAAGGCUGCCUUUUACUCUGGCAAAGUGGACAUUGUCGCCAUCAACGAUCCUUUCAUUGCCCUCAACUACAUGGCCUACUUGUUCCAGUAUGAUUCUACUCAUGGCAAGUUCAAGGGCACAGUCAAGGCCUUGAACAAGAAGCUGAUCAUCAAUGGGAAGGCCAUCUCCAUCUUCCAGGAGCGAGAUCCCGCCAAAAUCAAGUGGGCUGAUGCCGGCGCUGAGUACAUUGUGGAGUCCACGGGUGUCUUCACCACCGUGGAGAAAGCCAGGGCUCACCUGGAGGGAGGAGCCAAGAGGGUCGUCAUCUCGGCCCCUUCUGCGGAUGCCCCCGUGUUUGUGAUGGGUGUGAACCACGACCAGUAUGACAACUCCAUGAAGAUUGUCAGCAAUGCCUCCUGCACCACCAGCUGCUUGGCCCCUCUGGUCAAGGUCAUCCAUGACAGAUUUGGCAUCGCAGAGGGACUCAUGACCAUCAUCCACGCCAUCACUGCCACCCAGACCCUGGACGACCCCUCUGGGAAGCGGUGGCGUGACAGCCAAGUGUCUGCCCAGAGCAUCAUCCCUGCUUCUACGGGAGCUGCCAAGGCCAUGGGCAAGGUCAUCCCGGAGCUGAAAGGGAAGCUCAUUGGCGUGGCCUUCUAUGUCCCCAUCCUCAGUGUGUCGGCUGUGGACCUGACCUGUCGCCUGGAGAGAGCUGCCAAAUACCACGACAUCAAGAAGGCGGUGAAAGAGGCGUCAGAGGGCCCCCUCAAGGGCAUCCUGGGCUACACGGAGGACCAGGUCGUCUCCUCUGACUUUAACAAUGACACCCACUCCUCCACCUUUGAUGCCGGCGCUGGCAUGGCCCUCAACGACCACUUCGUCAAGCUCAUUUCCUGGUACGACAGUGAAAUCGGCUACAGCAACAGGGUGGUGGACCUGGUGGCCCACAUGGCCUCCAAGGAGUCAGAGUCCCCCGAACCACCGGCCCCAGGGACAGCUGCUGGGGAGCCCUUGCCCCAGAUCGAUCCCCCAACACACUGAGAGUCCCCUGGCCUC